AUGUCUGAACCUGGCCCCGAUUCCCUUCCUACCAGCGCCGAUCCGCGCAGCAAACGGCCCACUAAGCGCCGCGCCAUUACACCACACUCCGAACAAGCAACGGAGAUCAAAACCCUGUUUAAAGACCCAUCGAAAGAGGUUCGCCUCCCAACUGCCGCGAAAGAUCGCACCGUCGCGUCGCUUUCCGCGCCACCGGAGAUUGUCACCAAUGUCCAGGGUUCAUCUGCUGGUGCUGGAUCUGGCGAGUUCCACGUCUACAAGGCCAGCCGACGACGCGAAUAUGAGCGAUUACGGAGUAUGCAGGCGGAGGUAGAUAAGGAGAAGAAUGAUGAAGAUUGGGAGAAAGAGCGGGAAGAGGCAAAGAAGAAGGAUGAUGCGAAGACGGAUAAGAAUCGACGGAGGAGAGAUAAGAAGAAGGCUGCGAGGGGAAAGCAGAAGAAUGGUGGUGGUGCGGAUAUGGAUGUUGAUGGUCCUGCGCCGGGCAUGAAGAAGAAUCCCAAUGUCCCUGGUGUGUCUCUUGGUGGCCAGACUGAUGGUGCUGGAGAACAGUAUGCAGAGGAGGCUCCUGGUGUGAUUAUCCACGACGAUGAUUGA